AUGGCGUCUGAUGCUCCCCCAAGACGCUUCAAAGUAGAGCCUCUCGAGACCACUACAUCAAGCUCCAAAGAACGAAAGCAAGAGUUGGAUGAAGCAACGUCAAUACCUGCUCGGAAGUUUGCACCUGAGCCGAUUGAGACCACGACCAAGAGUAAUCGCAAGUUUGCUCCAGAGCCCGUGGAGACAACGCAACGGACCAACCGUCGAUUUGAACCAGAACCGAUGGAAAUAACGACCAAGACAAACCGACGAUUUGUGCCAGAGCCGAUGGAAACCACAACGAAGACUAACCGCAAUCGCCGCAAGUUUGCUAGGGAGUGGGACGAGACGACAUCCCCUCGUAGAUUCAAGGCCGAACCCUUGGAGACAACCUCGAGAGGCAACAGACACCCACCCAGCCCAAGAAAAUUCGCACCACAGCUGAUAGAGAGCGCUCAAAGAUCACGCAAAGCAGGCGACAACACCCCAGCACUAUUGCCAUCCGACAAAACGGAGGCAACGCCUGAGAGCAAAGCCAUAAGUGCUAGGAAAGCCCGGAUUUUGGGCAUUUCACCGUCGGCACCAAACAACACGCCAACCAUCGAUCUUCCACACAAUCCUCUUUCUCACAACCCCCUGUUUUUAGAAAUUCAGCGCUCGGAGUUACCUCCAUCAAGACGAAGAUCCUGGUUUUCCUGCUCACAGCACUCAUUCCGCGUCCCAGAUCUGGAGCCUAUCGAAUCUUCUGAAUCAGAAGCGUCGAGUCCGCCAUCGCCUACCACUUCAACCUCUGACCACUCCUUUAUGUACAAGGAGGCUACACGAAGAAGAGAAAGCGUUGACGAGAGUUCUUCUGGAUACAUGCUUGCGCUCGCCGCUAAAGCUGCCGAAAGACAACUGCGCGAACAAGCCAUGGCCGCUUUUCCCAAUGACGACUUCCACGAGCCCGUCGACCAUUUCAUUGACCAUGAGACGGAUGACACUAAUGCACAGGACAGACGUGGAUCAUCUUAUAGCGAAGUCAACUGGGAUCUGAAGGAUAUGCGAGAGUACCAUGAUCUCCAGGAAUACGAGAAGCGAAAGUUGGAAAGGCGGACUGCUCAGCUGCAAAAGGCUGUAGUGACGACCGAGCCUGCGUUCAGUCCCUUCGGUAACCCGGCCGCUUUCCUUGAUGCAUCGACUACUAAGAAGCUUGCACAAGACCGUGAGGUCGAGCCGAUGCGGAAAGGAGCACGUCCUCCUAUGCUUGGAAAGAACAUCAAGUUCCCACGAUGUGCGUCCCCAGAACCAGCACGUUUUGAUCCUACCCAAGGAUGUGACGCAGUACGCACAGCGAUGUGCUACUUGUCAGAACAAAGCAAAGCUGCUGAAGACGGGAGAGAAAGCUUGUGGUGUGGCAAAGGCAAUGGCAAGCAAACAAGCACAACACCAUCGCUCUGGUCCACCGCCAACAGCAGAGCGUCUAGUACCCAUGGGCUGUGGGGUGGGAUGUGCGUCAAUAAUGGUGGAGAGCAGUCGCCCCGGGGACCUACCGGUAUUCUAACGCCCAGCCACGAGAAGGGAAAUCCGAUGUCACCAAACCCGUCCCCUGCUAUGAGCAUGAGUCUUUUGCCACCCACACCACCGGCAUCAUCGACCGACUUUGGCAAUAUCGACGAGAAACUUGCCAUCGAACAGACCAUUGAAGAGGAAUUCGGUGACGACUUCGUCACUCAGGUUUAUAAUUACCUGUCGUUGGGUUAUCCAGCUAUGGCGCAGCCUUUUGACCCAGAAUUGUCUAAAAUCUCUGGUAUCUCUGUGUCUGAGCUGAGGCAAGAUGAUCACCUUGAAAAGUCCUCAGGCUACAUCCGUCUAGGCGAGGACGGAAACUUAAAAAAUUCUGAGAUAACAGAAGAGACAUGCACGCGCUGGAGGGCUCUGCGCGUUUACAUACAGGAAUGGGCCAGGCAGCACCCUAAGAUGAGCGAACAGCCUUCUGCCGAAAGCCAUGGAGUUGCUGUAAGAAAAGGGAGCUGGGGACUCUGA